AUGGUCACACGCUGUCUAUUUGGUAUAUUUGUUUUUGGAACAAAUUCAGAUUUAAUUUAUCGAUUUUUAACUGAUGAUUUAUUUGAAUAUUUACAUAAAUGUUUUAUUGAUCGAGGUUAUACAUUUAAGGAAAAUUUAACAGAAAAUAAGGAUGUAAAUCAAGAAAUUGAUUUUUCAAUUGAUGAUGCUAUUGUACAACAUUUUUCAAUAUUAACAAGUUUUCAUUCACAAACAUUAUAUCGUAAUAGUUCUAUUAAACGAAUAACACUUAAAUCAAAUAUGGAAUUAUUUUUUGAUCAAAUUGGAGAAAGUAAAAUAAUAUGUAUGGCUGAUGAGUCGUUUAAUACAAUUGUUGUACUUAAAACAAUCAAUUUAUUCAAAGCAUUAAUUAAAUUUCAUAUAGGUGUUUUACCAUUUACAAAAUCUAAAACUAUUGAUAAAUCAAUCGAUCGAAUAUCUUCAUCAGUUCAAUAUUAUUUGAAUAACAUAACAACAAAUCAAGCACUCGUUUUUGAGAGUUGUGAAUAUUUACAUAUCAAUUCAUUAAUUCGUCAACAAUGUCUUGAAGCUUGUACAAUUAUUAAUCAUGAUGUUCAAUCUUGGCUUAAUACUUCACCAACACUUGUACUUAUCACAUGCAAAGAUAAAAUUGUUUAUAUGUAUACAAGUAAUGAUCAAAAUCGGCCAAGUAAUAGUGAUCUUUUUCUAUUAGUACUUAAUAAUAUAAGUCGAUCAUUACGUAAUCAAUUUCAAUUACAACAAAAUAAUUCAUCAAAUAAAAUGGCUCAUAUAUUUGAAAUAAAGAUUGAUAAAAAUCAUCAUAAUUUAAUAAAUUCAACAGAAGAUAUUCGUACUACACAAACUCGACGAACAUAUUCAUUACCAGCUUUUCCUCAAUUAGAAUCAAUAAAAAUACAUGAUAAUCAUCUUAUUGAAGUUGUAUUUAUGAAAACAUCAAAUAGAAUUCUUGCACCAUUUACUAUGUAUACCAUACCAUUAACAGAUGAAAUUUCUGCACUUAUUCUUAUUGAAUGGAAAAGUAGUUUAGCUUGUUCAUAUUUAUCUGAACUUAUUCGUCAACUUGAUUCAUCUACAAAUCAACUACAAUUUGCAUAUAGUCGUUUAAAUAAUCUUAUUAAACCUAUAGAAAAUAAUCCAACAAUUCGACGAUAUUUUGAAAGUAAAAAAUUACCAUUAAAUAUAUUUUCAAAUAUAUUAAAUGAAACAAAAUUAAUUUAUAAAUCCUUAAUAAAAAGAACAGAUGUUAUCAAUGAAAAUGAUCAAAAAGGUUAUAAAAUUUUAAAAAAUUUAUCAAAGAUGAGUGAUUAUUCAAUUGAUAUAUUUCAUCAUUUAUUUUUUGAUACAAAUGAAUACGUUCUUUUGAAUAAUAAUAAUAAUAAUAAACAACAAACUAAUUUAUCAAUAAAUGAAAAUAAUUUAUUUGAACUAUCACCAAUGAUACAAAUUCUUCGAAAUAAAUUAUCAAUAAAAUUAGAAGAUUGGUUUUCAUUUAUUGAAAUCAAAUCUCAACGAAAUAUUACAAUGAGCUUUUGUUAUAAUGAUUUUCCUGGUCUUGUACAUUUUGCACUUAUUGAUCGUUUACGUGGACAUAUUUGUACACCAACAUUAUAUACUGAUGAUAAUCAACAUCAUUUAAUGACAACUAAUAAUAUGAAUGGAAUGGAACAAUUUUUAGAAAAAAAAAUAUUAAAUUUUGAAUUAAAAUGUCUUUCAGCACUUCAACGUGGUUGUACAUCAUAUACAAUGACUGAUGAACAUUUUACGUAUAAUUAUACAUUACGUUUACAAGAGAGUAAUGGUGCAUCCAUGCGACUUUACAAACCAUUUGUGAAAUCUCAACCACCUGGUAUUUUACAUUAUGAUUUUUACAAAGCAUUGGCUUAUGAAAAUUAUUCUUCUAUUGUUGAUCAAACAUCACUAGCAUGUUUUGAAUUGAUUUGUGUACAUCUACGUAUUGUGCCAUCAAGUAAUGUUCGUGAACAAUGCGAACAACUUUGGCCAAGACUAAUGGAACUUGAUGAAUAA